ACUUCACCAGGAACGGUUGCAACGCACCCAAGAUCACUAGCGAUGGGUGCGGAUACAUUGUCCAAGAAGCGAAAGAGAGAAGUCGACGUCGAGCUCGUCAAAGUCUACGCAGACUUGGCCGACGUCGAGGAGAGCGUUCGUCUCGCUGCCGCCCAUACCUUGCUGUCCAAAAUCUACAAGCCAGGAAUCACCAGCCAUGAGCAGACCAAAACCAUCUUAACUCGGCUCUUCCGCGGCCUCUGCAGCAGUCGCAAGUCUGCCCGCCUAGGCUUUUCUGUCGCCUUGACCGAACUUCUGUCUCAGCUUGCAGCCGCCCCGGACGUUUCCCCUGAAAGCGACGUUUCCAGUUCGGCUGUCAUUGACAUCCUUGAGGCUCAGACCUUGCCAGAGAAGGGAACUUCGGGCCAGGACGAGCGCGACCAUUAUUUUGGCAGAGUGUUUGGUGCCGACGCCAUCUUGAAAUCGGGUAUUCUCUUCGGCAAGGAAGCGGACCACAGCCACUUUAAGCGCCUACUGGAUGUCGUUUGUGCUUUAGCAAUCAAGAAGCCGUGGCUUCGUCAAGAAUGUGGCUGGGUGCUUUACAAUUGCACCGUAUCCGGUCAGAACGAGCUGACAGAGUCUUUGUCGUUACACAUAAUCGAAAAGCUGGUAGCGAACAAGCUCAUACGUACACCAGAAGGCGUGGCGAUCUGGCUGGUGACGUCGAGGCGCUUUCCAAAUGCGAAAUUGCCUAAGUCCGCUUGGAAGAGCGGCCAUCCUCUGGCGAAGAAAGAUGUGAAUAUCCUUGCCGAUAUACUCAAAGACGCGAGAGUCCAGCAAGAGGAAGGAGACUCCGAUCUAACCUCCCAAGGUGCUGCGAGGUGGUCUGCUAAUUUACAUUUUGCCUGGGACAUUGUGCUGGCCGAAACCUUCGGAAACACCCCUAAAAGAACUGGGGAGGGGAGGGGUGUGAAAAGCAGCAUUCGAAACGAAGAUAAAGUCACCUUCGAUCUGUUCUGGAAAGUCGUUGUGGAUGAAAGUCUUUUCGCAGCUGCGAGCAGCGCCGAGCGCAAAUCCUGGGGAUUCAGCCUUUGGAAAAAGGUUUUCGAAAUAGCCCCCAAAGAGCUACUAAUCUGCACGUUGACACCGCAAGCGACUCGUUGUCUGGCGAACUCCCUGAAAAGUUCAGAGAGGUUUCUCCAGAGAUCUGCUCAAAGACUGUCUCAAAUCAUUCAGGCCCGCUUAACCGAUGCUGAGCCCUGGGACCAGCGUGCCGACCUCGCCGGAACUUAUCUUCGAACGCUGUUACAGAGCGUCUCUUUCGGCGACUUUGAUCAGAUCACCAAAUCAAAAACUCUGCAGAGCUUGUUCGAAGCAAGAAACACGGAUGUGCUGAAGGGGAUCAGCUCUGCUUUGACAGACCUUCUCAUGGCAUCUCUUCAAGAGGAGGACAAGAAGACGGCUCUUUCACAACAGAGGACGAUUGUAAAUCUGCAGUGGAAGAUGCUUUCUGCAAGGCUCCGCCGCUGGGAGCAGCUCCAGAUGUCACAAGAGGACGAUAUCGAGCAGACCGAUAUGGAACUUGUGUCUGGCAUACUCCAGUCAUGGCUCAGAGAAGUCUGCAUCUCACCAGGUUUAGAGAGCCCGGAGAAUCUCAGCCGUGAUAUUCGGCCUGUGCUUCUGCCAGAGGUUCGCGACUUUGCCAAAGAGCGUCUGAGCUUAUCCUUUGAGCAAACCCUCAAACUUGGCCCUCUAGGCUGUUGGUUGUUGAAGCAUGCGAUUCUUCAUAUCCGCGAGUUAGAGACCCUCCACAUCCCGAUGACCUCUGCCUUCGAGGACGAUAUCAAGGCUAUCGUGGAGACAGCCUGGCAAAACUUGACAGACAUCCAGACCAACACCCAGAUGUCCUCGACAGCCGGCCGAGCGCUACCAAAGUCCUCGAAAACGCAUGUAGGCCCAAAAGUUUUGUCGUUCUCGGAAGGGUGGUGCCUGCUUUAUGCGUUACUGCUUUUCCAGAUCUACACUGGAGAGACAGACGCUGUGCCGAUUCUGCAGGAAGUGCUUGAAAAUUGGGGCCGCCGGAAGGAUAAACAGAAAAGAAGUGUGUCAACUGACAGUAGACAGGAAUCUGCCGAUGCUAUCAUGGAAAUUCUUCUCAGCUUUGCGUCAAGGCCGUCGAAGUUCAUGAGGCGGAUCACUGUCCAGAUCUUCGAUGCCUUCGCCCCCAACAUCACCGCUACUGGUCUUGAAGCUAUGUGCCGUGUCCUCCAAACAAAAGAGAACCUUGAGGGACAACAAGAGAUGUUCGAAGCCGGAGAAGUUGAGGAUGAGGAUGGAGAGCACCUUGGCUUUGAAUCAGAGAUGGAGGAGCUAGACUCGGAUGUCGAAGUCGCUUCCAUUUCGGAAUCUGGCGAAUCAUCUGAAAAUGCCGAUUCUGGAUCGGCAUCUAUUGAUUCUGAUGAAGGUUCAGAUGAUCAAUCUGUGAGUUCUCAGGCAUCUGGGAAGGAGAAUGCAGAGGAUGCAGAGGACGCGGAGCUGGCUGCGUUCGAUGCAGCCCUUGCCUCAGCGCUUGGCACAAGGCGGCUCAACCAAGACGAUCUCGAUGCUACGUCAGAUACUUCUGAAACUUCUUCGGAUUCAGACAUGGGUGACGAUGAAAUGAUGGAAUUGGAUUCAAAGCUUGCAGAAGUCUUCCGCGCACGAAAUGAGCAACAGUCAAAGAACAGAAGGAAAGAAGCGAAGGAGGCAAAAGAGAACAUUGUGAAUUUCAAGAACCGUGUCCUCGAUCUCAUCGAGUCAUACCUCAAGCACCAGCAACACAACUCACUGACGAUGGACUUGAUUCCGCCUCUCCUCAAGCUGGCGAGGACCACACAAACAAAGCAGUUGGCCGAUCGUACUUGCAAUAUCCUGCAGCAGUUCUGCUCUCGAUGCAAAGGACCCAAUGCCCCGGAGCUACCGAAUGACUCUUACAGUGGGCAUGCGGUUGACGUUCUCCGGUCAAUUCACGAGGAAGCAGGCAUGGACUCGUCACACGCACACUCUAAUGUGGCAAGUCUAUCGAGCAUCCUUGUUGCGAAGGCCCUCGUUAGAGCCAAUCCAGCGAAUGUUAGCACGAUUGUCGAGACAUAUGCGUCGACAAGGCUGAGGCAACUAACAGACAAGAAAUGGAGAGUCAUGCCGGGGUUCUUCACAGACUGGAACAACUGGUGCCAAAGCAUCAGAGACAAGCUAGUGGGAUGAAAUUGGACAGCCAGCAGCAAAGAACAUAGGGGCAUCCAGCACAAAGGAUUGAAUAUAUGAGAAGCACAUGUUCCAAAGUUUCCAUGCCUGGUCGUUUCUUAAUAUUUCUGGUCCUACUUUCGAUGGCUCCUCCUGCAAUACACUACCAAUUCAGAAGAACAUGAUGUUGCUUACUGGCUGCAAGGCUGAAGCACAGCCUGACCGGCAAUCAACAAGUCGGAUGCUGCGGCUGGAACUUUCCUGCGUUGGAGACCCAGUUGGAUGCAA